AUGGAAGUCUACAUUGAUGACAUGUUGGUGAAGUCCCUAGACGCCGAAGACCAUAUCUCACACCUUCAACAAGCUUUCACCACUCUCAGGAGGUACACCAUGAAGUUAAACCCUUCAAAGUGCUCGUUCGGAGUAAGUUCUGGAAAGUUCCUAGGGUACAUAGUCACUCACAGGGGCAUUGAAGCAAACCCAGAGCAGGUGAGAGCGAUCCAGGUGAUACCUUCCCCUCGCAACGUCAAGGAAGUCUGUGCGGUCCUAGUAAGGGAAGAAGGAAGAAAACAGCAUCCUAUCUACUACGUAAGCAAAUCUUUACUGGAUGCGGAGACCCACUAUAGUCACCUCGAGAAGCUGGCCCUUGCCUUAGUUAAUGCUGCCCGAAAACUGCGUCCCUACUUCCAGGCUCAUCAAAUCGUGGUAGUCACCUCCUUCCCCAUCAAGGCUGUUCUGCAUAAGCCAGAAGUGUCUGGACGACUAGCAAAAUGGGCUAUAGAGCUGGGGGAAUACGACGUGAUCUUCCGGCCUGCAACAGCCAUCAAAUCGCAAGUCCUGGAAUAUUUGGUAGCUGAAUUCUCUCCUGCCAUGCUUCCAGCCCUAGAACAAGAGGUAAAACUUCGUGAUAGCGAAGGGGAGAAAGGCGAAUGGACAAUGUACGUUGAUGGGUUUAGUAACGUAAGUGGCGCAGGCGUGGGACUGAUGGGGGUGGAAGAUAUCCAGGUCUUCAGCGAUCCACAACUGAUCAUAAGCCAAGUCCAAGGAGACUAUCAGGCGAAAGAUCCGAGUAUGAUCAGAUACCUAUCUGGGGCCAAGAAACUACUCGACAGGUUCCGACAUUAUAAGCUCACCCAGAUUCCUAGGGAGCACAACUCCCAGGCUGAUGUUCUAGCUAACCUAGGGUCCGCCCUAGAAACUACAAGUCAUACGAGCAUCCCAAUACUGGUACUCCAAUGGCCCGCGACCGAAAAGGAGACGGAACCUGAAGAAGUAUCUGUGGUAGACGAAGGAGAGACCUGGAUGACGCCCAUCACCAACUACCUAAGGUAUGACACCUUGCCUGAAGAUCGUGACGAAAGUCGGAAGAUAAGGCGCCAAGCCGCAAGGUAUUGCUUUUCUGAGGGGAAAUUAUACCGAAGAUCCUUUUCAGGACCCUAUCUACGAUGUCUUACCCCUAGAGAAGCCGCCAGGAUAUUAGAAGAGCUGCAUGAAGGAGAAUGUGGUUCCCACUCUAGUGGUCGGAGCCUGGUACUCAGAGCUAGAAGAGCAGGAUACUAUUGGCCAACCAUGGCAAGGGACUCCCUAAAACAAGCCAAGCUCUGUAGUCAAUGCCAGAAGCACGCGCCAAUCCAAACCUUCCACCAGAGAACCUCAAAUCCCUAA